GAGAGACAAUGCAUUCUUCCGAUUCAUGGAUGACUAGAGACAGUGUUUUCUGACAGAUGUGCAUUAGGCGUUGCUUUAGGUGUGCUUUAAGGUCAUCGCCAAAUUCCAUCCGGUCCACUCGGUACUCGAUAACCGAAUUAAUCUCCUCGCGAAUGGUUUCGGAAUCAUCUUCGCCUCUAAUUCGGAUGUUGGGAAAAGACUUUUCGAGCCCCUGAAUGUGCCGGAUCGUUCCUUGAUAAGGUCGACUGGUUAGGAAGAUCUUCAUAUGCUUCGGGCCUUUUUCGAAAUGGGUGCGGAUGUAUUGUGACAGGGUCGCCAUAUUGCGAUCGUUUUGCAAGCAUUCGUCCAAAGCGUCGAAAACAAUAAGAACAGUCCCGGCUUCUGGGUCUGCUGUGGCACUUUCCAAGAUGUUCCAGAGCGCAGUAAUGUUGCUGGCAAGCCCCGCUCCGUCCUGUUUAUACCUCGGCAGUGCGUGGCGCAUCAGCUUGGGGCGCAGACAAAGCAGCUGAUGGAUUAAAGCACAAAGAGCAAAUUCGACUGUGUUCUGGUCCGAUUCCUUGAAGAAAAAGUAGCAUAUCGCAGCGUCGCUGGGCAGUCUGAAGUCGAACCUGGAGUCGAUGAGAUAUCUGGCGAGGACAGACUUGCCGCACCCCGGAUCGGCCGAAACCAGCAGUGGGCCAGAUUUGUCAUUCAACCAAGACUGAUAGCUGUCGUGGUUCAGAAACCAAAAACACGUAUCCGAUACGCGCUCAUGGACUCGGUCUUUGUACCAAGCAUAAUCUCCACACCUCAAGCUCUGCAGGCACUUUUCUUCGUCCGACUGCUUCGCCCAGUGAACGAGUUCGCUUAGUGCUGCGCUGCUUAAGGCGGCAUUGAUUUGCAACGAUUUGCUUUCAACCCUGCGUCCCGACUCUUUGACUUUUUGAAGCAUUCCUUCCCACGAAUCCCAUUUCACGGUAUCUCUCAAAAAGUUGCUGAAUCGACCCCUAAAGAACCGCAAAACGCUCUGGGCUUGGAAGUCGAUGAUAGCCUGAUAGAGUUCGAUAAGGAGAUUUCGGUACUCCUGCUUUACGGCUGCUGAAAAAGCCUGUUUGUCCAGGAAAAGCGAUUCCAUAGCUGUGUAGUACCGGAUCUUUAGGGUGACAUACGCGAGGCCCUUUUCGUUGGCUGCCUCCACUUCUUUAGGGUUGGUCAGGAGGGGCAGAAGCAGGCAAACGCCUGCCCAGGCUAUGCUCGCCGGCGGGCUGGCUUGCACCGCCUCACCGAUCCAGUCCUUUCCAAAUUGGACGCCGGCAACAAGAUUUUGCACUUGAUCUUGAAGUACAAAUUUAUGCGAUCCGAUCUUGAAGGCGAUCUGUUUCCCUUCCAUGUGCUUGCGGCCUAAAGCGAUAAUGUCCGUCAUCAUAUCCCGUCGAAUUGUAGCAUUUUGCGCUUGAUAGUCCGCUGUUCCGGUGUUGGACGCGAAAGGUGUGUUUACCGGAUCGCUGGCCGCUUUGGAAAGGACUUCGUUCAGGUCGGUCGUGGAAGAUGUGUUCGCCAGGCAAGUCGACAUUUUGGACAGCAGUUCCUCGUAGGCCUGCACUACUUCUGGCUUCUCUUUCCGAAGGGCUUCGUACGCCAUAUCCCACAAAGAUUCCGAAUUCGUCGCCGUCGUUCCGCCAUCUUUGUUGUUGCUUGUUGGGGACGGUUCGGGAGGUGCUGGCGUUGGAGCAUUCGAUAAUUUGGGUUCGUCGGUGAUUCGAAACAAACUAGAGGGUUCGGGAAUGAUGAUUUCAUUGUUUGGCUCGUAGUCAUCCUUGGCAGGCGCGGCCUUGCCUGGACCGCCCAGUUUCGGCCUGCGCCAGAAUUUCAAGCGACUGGGCCGCUUUUCAGAGCUCGAGGAAGCCUCCUCGCUAGGCUUCUUCCGCCCGAAGGGCGACAUAACGCGGGGCGGGGCGCAACGACGACGGUGGUUCCCGAUACAGCAACGUAGGCUCCACAACCAAGGUGGCAAGGUUCGAAAGGAUAAAUUGACCCGGCGAUUCGGAUGAGUAACUGGGUUGGGGCUGGGAAGUGGAUUGCAAGGCACUGCUGGUAUUGAAUAACAAUUCCAGGUGUGGUGUUUGCCACCUGCGGUCGGAGCCGCAACCCCGCUUUCAGUGUCGUCCAGGCUCGCUGCUGCCUAAUGCCAGUUCCAGUUUUCAUUGGACAAAAAUAUUUUGCAGAAGCGCAUGGACCAACAGCACCAGCUCAGUCGCGCCUAGCGAAUACUGGGUCCCGGCCUGCAUUCGGCUGGCCUCCCUUGUACAGGGCUUACGGUGGCCACAUAAGAAAAGCAAGCAGCCGCCAAAGCAUUUAUAGGGUGGCUUAGCACCCUCUCCCCUACGGACGUUAUAAUUUACAGCGACAGAUCCAAAGCGGAAGACGGAGCAGUUGGUUACGCUGGGUAAUACACCAAGCCGGUCAACGCAAACUGCCCGGAUACGGCAGACUAGCGCACCCGCCGAAGUAUUUGAUGGCGAAGCGGAAGGGGCCGGAUGGGCCUGCGCAAAGCCGUCUGGAACUUCCGCAACUGCACAUACUAUUUAUGCCUCGAUGUCACGGCGGUUAGACAAAGAGAGACCUCUCACAUUUUUUUUUAAAAGCUAGGGCAAUCAGAACUGCUUUUCUGAUUGCGAUAGGGGUCUCAUACACUGAUGGAGGUGCGCGAUGACUGGCACCCAAGGUGAUUGUUGGUUGUUCUAUCUCUCUACUUGAUCGCAGGCCAGGGCCGGUGCGAGGCCUAAAGCUAUGGGGCACUAGUUGCCACCCACGUGACUCCAGGCCACCUCUGACAUACACCCAACGCACGAGAGGCAAGGCUGCGAGUGCACGCCGCGCCGUACCACUGCCCCGCACGCUUUCUUUAGGCUGCUUGGCGUGAGGUCCUGCUGACUCAGCCGUGCAUGUGCCCUAACGCCUGGUACUCAAAGUGCGGGGCACGAGCACACGCAUCUUGUAGAUUCCCUUUUUCCCUCUCCAUCUUACGUCGUGAGAACCCCAAAAACACGAAGAAAGAGAAGGCUCCAGGAGUAGGGUUUUACAGUUGCCUUGUGGUUAGAACUUUCCCUGUACCUAGAGACCUUAGAGCCGGCGCAACGCGGCCACGGCCCAAGGGAUAGUGAGGUCCAGUGCUGCCUAAUGCGGGGUUCGCACGCGCAAAGGUCAGGCUCGCCGGUGGGUGGUGGUCAGGCUCAAUCGCUCCGGAGGCAUGCAUGGUGGCUGGAAAAAUAUGCAUCCUUUUGCGUUUUUAUAGCCUAUCAUUUGGCCCUCGGCGCCCCCAAUCUACCCUCCUGGGGAAUCGCCAGAAACUGCCCUGUUUUCUUUUUUGUAUCAUCAAAUCCUUUCCUUCCCCGCGAUCUUCCUUUUGCUUUUCCGUCACGCUUGCGUCUCUGCUGCUGGUGCGCUUCCAAACAAUAAAUUCGGGAACACAUUCGGUCCUGAAACGUUGGCAGUGCCUUCCCUCUCGACUUCACUACUUGUAUUUUACAUUUUUUGCUGUCCUUGAUAUCCUUUUUUAUUCUCAGUUAUCGAUUUUCUAUCGCCGCCCACCAUGGAUUUGCCGUCGCGGCCCCCCAACCGCGGCGGUUUCCAUAUCGCGAUCAUAUGUGCCUUAAUCCUCGAGUCCAAUGCCGUCGACCUCCUUUUCGACGAAAUCCACGACGGAGGGUACGGACGCGCCAGCGGCGAUAAUAACACGUAUACCACUGGCCGAAUCGGAAACCAUGCCGUGGUUCUCAUCGUCCUCCCAAACAUGGGGAAGGAAGCUGCAGCCGCGGCGUCAGCGCACAUGCUCUCCAGCUUUCCCAACAUCAAGCUCGCCUUAAUAGUCGGUAUCUGCGGAGGUCUCCCACACAUAAAUGGCGAAAAGUCCUUCUUAGGAGAUGUCGUUAUUAGCAAGAGCAUUGUCAACUACGAUUUUGGCAGACAGCAUCCGGACAAGUUCGUCGUCAAGUCCAGCAUUGACGACAGCCUCGGGAGGGCCAGCAAAGACAUCCGGGGACUGCUGAACUUCUUCGAGCGUGAGCACGACUUGGCAGUUUUGCAGUCCAAAGCAGUGGCCAACUUGGACCGACUGCAGGCUGCUGCGGUUGCGAAAGGGCGAAAGGCCAAGUACACCAUGCCUCCCGACGACACCGAUAAGCUGUUCCCUCCAGAUUACCAACACGCCCAUCGCAACAAAGAAUGCGACGCUUGUGCGGCACAUUCCAUGCGCUUCUGUGAGGAGGCCUCCAUACUAUCCUGCGGUGCCGCAGGGUGCAACCUUACCCUUUACAGGCCGAGGGAGAACCGCCAGCACGAGCGCCCGGCAGAGCUUAUCUCCAAAAUCUUCAUCGGGAAAGUCGCUUCUGGCAACGCGGUUAUGAAGUCGGGCCACCAUCGGGAUAAGAUCGCCGAGGACCACAAGGUAAUCGCCUUCGAGAUGGAAGGAGCCGGGGCGUGGGACGAGGUUCCUUGCAUCGUCGUUAAGGGCAUUUGUGACUAUGCCGACAGCCACAAAAACAAGGAAUGGCAGGACUUCGCGGCGGCAACGGCGGCUUCAGUGGCCGUGGGGAUCCUUGCUAAAUACGAGGUGGCAGGCGCCGCCACGCACGACUAUCAUAAGGUAGUCGACACCCAUUCCUAUAUCCCGCUUUCAAAGAACACAUAUUUUGUAGGACGGGAUGGGAUCCUCAGCAAACUCGAAAAGAAGCUGUUUGGCGAAGAUGGCCCUCAACGCGUCGCCCUCGUCGGGCUCGGGGGCAUCGGCAAGACACAAGUGGCACUGCAGCUCGCCUACUCGACGUGGGAAAACAAGUCGGGGUGGUCUGUCCUCUGGGUGGUAGCUUUGAGCAUGGCAAGCUUCGAGCAGGCGUGCGUCGACAUACUCAGGAAGCUGCGCAUCCCAUUCGGCGAGGGCGAAGGUGCCAAAGAUACAUUCCACCGCCAUUUCAGCUCAGCGACGGCUGGAAAGUGGCUGCUAAUCGUUGAUAACGCCGACGAUUGGGAUAUUGUGUUCGGGCAAGGCGAUGAGGGCGGAAUAAACGACUACCUCCCGCAAAGCAGCGGUAGCCGGAUCCUGUUUACGACUCGGUCACGAAAGGUGGCCACCAGUGUUGUUAGGAAUAACAUCGUCGACCUUUUAAAAAUGAGUCGCGGCGAAGCACGAGAGUUCUUGGGAAAGUCAUUGGCUGAAACAAAUCUACCGCCGGAAAACACCAUCGACGAAUUCCUAAAAGAGCUCGCCCAUUUGCCGCUAGCGAUUACUCAGGCGGCCGCUUACAUGAACGAAAACCAGGUAUCGAUUGCGGAAUACCUUAGAAUUUUCCGCAAUACGGAUCGGGAUAGAGUCGAACUACUAGCCGCAAAGUUCACCGACAACACACGGUAUAAGGAAACGCAGACCGUGGUGGCGACGACAUGGAUCAUUUCGUUCGAGCAGAUCCACAGGAUUAAUGCGGACGCGGCGAAGCUACUUUCAUUCGCGGCAUAUGUCGAGCCCAAAGCCAUACCACGGUCGAUGCUGCCCAGUGUAGGGACAGAGCAGCGAAUGACGGCGGCUAUCGGGCUGCUUUGUGGGUAUGCGUUCCUGGGCAAGCGAGGAGAUAGCGGCAUGUUCGACAUGCACAGUCUGGUGCACUUGGCAAUACGGGAAUGGGUUAAGGGGAAAGGAGAUGCAGAAAAAACAACGGAAGACGCUUUGGCGCAAAUGGCGGAGGUUUUCCCCAGCGACGAAUGGGAAAAUCGCGAGCGGUGGAGGCAGUAUAUGCCGCAUGCGCUCAAAAUGGUCCAAACGGAUGGAACGGCAAGGGGAGGUGAAAGUGAAGCAAUUAAUCGACUAAGAUUUUGGGCAGGGCGGUGUCUGCAAAUGGACGGACGGAUCCGAGAGGCGGUCGAUUUGUUGGAGCACGUGGUGGCUAUCCGAAAAAAAACGCUUUCAGAGGAACACCCGGAUCGACUGGCGUCGCAGCACGUACUCGCCGGGGCAUACCAGGCCAACGGGCAGGUUAAAAAGGCGGUCGAUUUGUUGGAGCACGUGGUGGCUGUCCGAAGAAGAACGCUUUUAGAGGAACACCGUUCUCGACUGGCGUCGCAGCACGAACUCGCCGCGGCAUACCAGGCUGACGGGCAAAUUAAAAAAACGGUCGAUUUAUUGGAGCACGUGGUGGCUGUCCGAGGAAGAACGCUUUCAAAGGAACACCCUUCUCGACUGGCGUCGCAGCACGAACUCGCCAGGGCAUACCAGGCCAACGGGCAGGUUAAAAAGGCGGUCGAUUUGUUGGAGUACGUGGUGGCUGUCCAAGGAAGAACGCUUUCAGAAGAACACCCGGAUCGACUGGCGUCGCAGCACGAACUCGCCGCGGCAUACCAGGCCAACGGGCAGGUUAAAAAGGCGGUCGAUUUGUUGGAGUACGUGGUGGCUGUUGAAGGAAGAACGCUUUCAGAGGGACACCCGGAUCGACUGGCGUCCCAGCAUGCGCUCGCGCGUGUUCGAGAAGCGUUCUCGGAAUAACCAUUUGAGCGUGCGCUAACUUGCCCAGGACCAUAUCUUUUGACGCCGCUGCUGUUACGGUGCGGCGUGCCCUCCGUGCAUUUGCAGCCUUGUCUCUCCUGUACGUUAGGUGUAUGAGACCCCUAUUACAAUCAGGAUGGCGGUUCUGAUUGUCCCUCCUUCUGUCUAAUCGCCGUGACAGGUCCAGCUCAAAAAACCAGGGAAUGCAUCAGCUCGCGGUACGCAAGGGUAUCGAGCACCGUGUUAUGGAGUGGUGUUAUGGCGCGGCGUGCCCUUACAGGAAGUCGCUCCAGUACGAGCCUCCCAAUUCCGUGGUUGCGCGUUCCCCAAAAGGGCACGUACACGUCGCCGGUACUUCGCACCAAUUGUUGCUUUUUUUACUACUUUGUUCUUUUAGUCUUUUAGAGUAAAUAUCGAGUCUUUGUGCCGUGCCUAUGCCCACCCGUCAGUAAGACAUUAAUCAACAAAAGGAAAGCAGAGAGGGAAAAGGGAGGGGCUAAGGGGAAAUUGUCACGGCCAUUAGGGCCUUAGAUAGACAGAGGCGCGGGCCAGGGCCCGCGAGACCCACUGCGGGCCCUCCGCACAGGAUAUCUCUAUCCUGUGCAGGCAGGGCCCUCCGGGCCUCCCUCUCUUCCGACAUCAUCUAUCUGUUACCCAUUUAC